UUCGAUAGACGGAAUUUGAUCUCGCAAGAAUGGCCUUUUGGCACUGAGGUGCAUCAAACCCUCGGUGGUAGUUUCAAGCGACUCCAGCAAACCCUCCUCCUCGCGGAUUCGAGUUGUCGUAUCGUCGGAAUUCAUGGCUCCCGAUAUUGUCGAUAUUAGUUCCGAUGAGGAUGAGUUUGAUGGCCUCUCCUUACCUCGCGCGAACGGGCGGCGACAGGAGGAAUCUGAUGAUGUCGUGGUCGUAGAAGAGUUCUCGGCCCCUGCCGUGAAGAGGCGGAAGCAGAAUUCGGGCUCGUUUGGGCCGGAGAAGGGCGGAGCCUCUGACGACGAUGACGACUGCUUGGUGUUGGAUUCCGACCCGGAUAAGCUGGUCUCGGUAGUUGAUGGUAAGGGCAGCGGGGGUGGGGACGGGGGAGAUGACUUGCUCAUCGUUGCCGAGAAGGGGCAGUUGGCUUGCCGGGAUUACCCACAUCCACGACAUCUAUGUGGCAAUUUUCCUUUUAACUCAUCACCACAUGAAGAGUAUUGUGACUUGUGCCAUUGCUAUGUCUGUGAUUCUCCAGCCCCUUGCUAUUACUGGGGCAAUGGUAAUUCAAGUUCCAACCAUUGCCAUUCUACUGAUAAAGAAGGAAGGUGGAAAUCAAUGAGACAGUCUUUCAAACAGAAAAACAUGGUGGCUACGCAACCACAGAAAGUUACAUAUGACUCUCCUUUUAAUAUCCCACCUUUUCGAGAUCCAGUACCACCAUUCCAUCAUUAUCCAAGUCCUCUAUUGGUUCCCCAUUCCAGACCUAAUUUGCUCCGGCCUUGUUCUGCCACUAGCAUCCCAAACUCAAAUGCAAUCAACCAGAGGCACCAAGAUCAACCUACCAUUCUCUCUUAUACCCGGAGACUUGGCCAGCAGCCAACCAAAUCAUGCUCACUUAAGUCUAAUGUACAGAUAGAGAGCUGUGUUGCUGGUUCAUUAACUACUCAACUUGUGUAUUCUCGUACAAGAUAUAAAAGGGUUGGGACGAUGCGAGAUGGAUUUGCUAGCCAGACUAACCGAUCUCACAACAUUGCUUCGACUAAGAAUAAUAUUCCCAGUGCUGUGUCAGAGAACUCUACUUAUGCAACGAUGACAUCAUGGAGACCUCGGAGCCCUCGAGUAGGACAACAGAGAUCUCAAGACCUGUUGGGAACAUCACCAGGUUCCUCAGCUGAUCAGAUGCAAGCAACUGUAUCAUCUCAAUUUUCGAAGCCAACAAACCAGAGUUCUGUGUGCCCUCCGUUGACAGCAGCAGAUGUUAGCCAGAAAAGUUGGCAGGAUCUCCUGGCAAGUGUGGCAUCUGAACUAGGAGUUGCUGUAUGUAGUGACACUGACAUCAUUAACGUUCAACAGCCGCUUAUGGUUCCAUCUCUAUCACUACCUCAUGAUAAGCCAUUUUCUGAAACCAAUGCAAGUCAAGACACUCAAUCGGACUAAUCUUAGUUUAUUAGAUUUGACUGCAUAGAUGGUCGAAUGACACAAUGGCUCAGAUUUUAGAACAUAGUCCAGGAGAAGUUCCUCGCCUUUCAACAUUCUGGACAUCCAACUCUGUGGUGUUCUGAAGCAACAAAAUUUCAGGAGAGAUGUCUGGAUAGCCUGUCAAUCAGCUAUACCAGAUCUGCUAUAUGAUUUUGGUGUCUCAGGGAGCGAAGAUGUGAUGGCGCAGGUAUAGGGUGCUUGAGCAGCUCCCAACUUGAUUAAAUUUCAACUCUGUCCUCCAGUGCACUUUGUCUGUGCAAUAUUCUGUCGAUCUACUUGGUCUUUUAGCGGCUGCAAUGUCUCCUCUGUAUAAUUUAACAGGGAUUGAGUUUUAUCUAUAUUUUCAGUUUCUAUGAGACUA